UCCUUCCAAACAUCAAGGCGGCUGGCCAUGGCGUCCGGCGGCCUCGUCGUCGCCGCCACCGACCCCCUCCGCUCCUUCCUCUCCUCCGCCGCCGCCUCCCUGGACCUCCCCGCCGACCUCCGCGACCUCGCCUCCUCCCUCGCCUCCCAGUCCGCCGUCCCCUACCGCUCCCUCCGCGACAUCUGGUGCGCCGUCUCCCCCGACGCCCGCCCGCCCCUCCGCCGCCUCCUCGACGGCACCGACUUCCUGCUAACCAGCCCAAAACCACGCGAGAAGAGCGAUGAGCUCAAGGCGAGGCUGAGCAAGCUCAGGGAGAUGCAGGAGAGGAAGGAGUACGCCGAACUCGUCAGGGACGUCGCGCCGACAAAGGACAACCCCGAGCCCUUCUCCUCCUACAAGGAUCAGAUCGGAUUUGGUCUUCAUGUUGUUCUUAUAAUGUUCACGGGUUAUCUGGUUGGAUUUGUUGCUUUCAGAGCUCUGUUCAACAACAGUCCUGUAAUGAAUGCUGCUGGAGGCAUCUUAGGAUUAGUCGGUGGCAUGCUGAUGGAAACAGUUCUUUUCAUCAUCAGAUCAUCUAGUAAAGAAUUGGCCGCUUCUUCUGUUCCAAGACCAAAGAAAGUUCAGUAGACCUUUUGUUCUGGUUUCAAUAGUCGGUGAUGAAGAAGAUAUGACUGAAGUUUUUACCUUGAGAAAUUUUUGAACCAUACGUACCGAAGGAUGAGAAACAUAUUGUAAAUGUAGCUAAUCGGAAUAAGUGAUCUGAGGAGCUUAUAUCAAAAAUACUUAUUUGUGGAGACCUUCAGUUUAUCAUGAAGCUGUAAAUUUCUUCUAGUUUGGCAUCACGAUGAUGUUGUGAUCGAUGUUGUAUAGCAGUGCCAUAAUCGGUCUGAUCAGGAUAAUACUACUAUAUCAGACGGCUUGUCGAUCGUUUGUAAAGGUCCGUUCGUAUUGAUUGAGAUGGGGGUUUGGAUAUGGACAACUUUACUUGGACUUGAGAUGUAUGCAGACGGUAUAAUAAUAUCGCAUUGAGUCAGUGUUGGCCGGCCAGUCUCCCCUUAAACAUGAUGGUUGCAGCAAGAGUUGAAUACGGGUGAAGAAGGCACAUGUGGUUUGGUAAGGUGUACUCCAUCACAUUCAUAAUGCAUGGGCCGGCCGAUGGAUGGUCGGUCCAUUCGGAAAAUAUACUCCAUUAUAUACUACUCCUCCAUUUCGGGCUCUGUAGUCUAAA